GAACCCUUCCAGUUUGGCCCUCUUUCUUCAAAGAUGACUCUUUUUGAGGUACUAGUGAAGAGUGGUSUGUUGAUCUGGAGCAUCAGCCAAUUGGUUAAUGUGGUUGAAUCAAGUCCAAGGUAUUAUGGUUCAUCUUGUUCCUGUCCAGCGCCACAGCCUUGUCCUCCAUGUCCUGAAGAACCAUGUCCUUGUCCAACACUUCCACCAUGUUCUUGUCCGACAGAAAUAUUACCUCUACCAACAAGAAAAUGGCCUGUGAAACCAGUAACAGAAUUACCAGGACCACCGACGCUACCGCCAGAGACAAAACCUACACCAAUAACAAAGCUACCAACACGACCAACGCCACCAGCGCCGCCAACAAAGCCGGAGCUUCCAAAACCAGAAUGGCCCACUCAAAUACCAAGACUCUGCAAAAGAUUCUCCUACAGRAAGGUUGGAUGCUUCAAAAAGCCCGAAAAUCUAUCGAAGUUUCUCAAAAAGUAUGUAAAGAAAACRAUUGGAAGACCCAAAUAUUGGGGUUUGUACGUUCUCAGCCUGGCUUGUAAUUGCUCAAGAAUCGCACUUAAUACYGAAGGAAGAGGAUUUUUUGCAAUAAAUUAUCAUUACAACAAGAAAAGCAACACAACCUAUGGUGAGUGCUGGACGGGUAUACAGACAUACUCUACUAUCAUGACCAAGAGGGAAAAGUCCAAGAAGUGUGUGAAUUUGCUCAAAAGGCGUUGUCAUUCCCGAAACAAACACUGCAUAGGAAAAGGCAAAUCUGUUAUGUUAUUACAAGCAAAGCGUAAGGAGAAAGAUGUCAAAGAGGACCGGUCGCCCCCGGCAUGYGACAUUGCUUUUAAAGACGUAGGCUGCUUUGACGACGAUAUGAAAAAUCCACGACCAUUGGAGCAUUAUUUUUUUACUGACAAGCCUCAUGGUGAUCAUAUGGUAGAAUGGGGAGCCUGGGAUAGGUACCUGCCAGAUUUGGCGUGUAGAUGUGCGGAAAUGGCUUCGGCUGAGAAGAAAUAUGACUAUUUCGGAAUUCAAGAUUUCAGUCAGUGCUGGGCAGGAGGAUUGUCCUAUAAUCGAAGUGGAAUGUCAGGCGCAUGUGUAACAAAGGGUUAUCGAACAUGUAACACAACUCUGGACAAAAAGCAGCUUUGUGUUGGCAGAAAUCAUACUAACUUUGUUUACAAGAUUGAUCGUCAAGAAGAUAACUUUGACCUUGACAAUGAAGACAUACAAGAUGAAGUUCAUAAUGGCGACGACAACRGUGAUGGCGACGACGAUGAAGAAGGUGAUGAAGAUGAUGACAGUGAUAAUCAAAGAGACAAUGAAACAAACAACAAUGAUGAUAACAGGACUACUAAAGAUGACGAGGAAGAUGAUGAUGAUGAUGAAAAACAUGAUGAUAGUGAAGACAAGAAUGACAAGAAGGAAGAGGCCAAGGAACCAGAUGUUGAUGACACGGAUGAUCAUGAUGACCAAMCUCAUGCCAUCUAUGAUUCUUCCAAAGACAAAGUAGUGGCAAUCAACAUAAGCCCGUUGUGUGAACUCAGUUACGAAAACCUUGGUUGUUAUGGUGACAAGUAUGCUAGCACCAGACCUCUACCUAUGCUGAUGAUACGUGAUGACAUGGAAGAGCCUUACAAAAGAACCAUWAACACACCAARCCUSGCUUGCCGCUGUGCACGYAUGGCACACAGKCAAGGMUUUACCCACUUUGGACUGAAACACAACGGUGAAUGCUGGUCAGGUCCACAAGCAGCAUACAGUUACCAUAUCGAUGGUCACUCACCMAACUGCAUUACUACAACACAAUGCGUCGGCCAAAGAAAUGCUAACUGUGUUUACAGACUUGCUUGAACUUUAUCAAUUCCAUUAUUGAUUAUAUCUCUCAGUAUUAGAGUUGUUGUCUAUACUGGCUUUGUAUACCUGGGAUUCCCCUUAUUCAGAUAACAAACAACUUACCUGGACUGCAACUAUGCUGAAUUAGAUAUUCGGUAUUGAGUGAUUUUACUUGUGAAAUAUAAGAAACGAAAUAAAGUUGAUAUAACCAAGGAA